UGUAUACUUCCGACCUGUAACUCCACACACCUAUGAUGGUGUUUGAUAACGACGUGACGCAUGUCAGCGCGCCUAAAAUUUUUGGUGAACACUCAGCACAUCAAUCCAUUGUAUGUGCACUGGAUAUCUGUGCUACCCCGGUGACCCGCUUGCUUUACGCCUAUCCUUGUCUGUGCGUGUUUUCUUAGGACUCGGUUUCACUCAUCCAUCACGAUCCAUGUGCAUUUUCGCUUAUUCAAACUUGCCAGCGCCUGUUUACAUCAGUCGGUACUCAUCUGUCCCUGCUCAUCUGCGUCUGCCGCCACUAAUCCGCCCUCAUUUGCACCUGCUGUUCAUUUUUACGUUCAUACUUGCCGCUACUUGCUGCGGAUCAUCUAUACUAGAAGCUAUCGACAGUCUACCAAUGGACUUUACGAGUGCCCUUUUGACGAAACAACGCCAGCAAACUCUCGAAGCUAUCGACAGUCUAACCAAUGGACUUUACGAGUGCCCUUUUGACGAAACAACGCCAGCAAACUCUCGAAGCUUUCGCACAACCCGAUUUUAUUUCCCAGGGAUCACGACAUCCUAAAUUAUUUCGACUCAAAUGCAUGAUUAUUCAGUGUGUUUUUUUAACAAUGACACUUCUGGUAUCGUCGACAGCUCACUUCGUCGUCUGACCCUUCAAUAUCAACUUUAUC